AUGAGCUUUUUAUAUAGACUCAUGAAUAUAAUUAGGUUCUUGAGCUCGAAGAAGUUGUCUCACAAAUCAUUCAUGUGGCUGGAACUAAAGGAAAGGUAUGUGGCUGGAACUAAAGGAAAGGGAUCAACAUGCACAUUUGCUGAAUGUAUUCUUCGUAACUACGGUCUUCGAACGGGUCUUUUUACAUCUCCUCACUUAAUCGAUGUUCGAGAGAGAUUUCGUCUGAACGGCAUUGGGAUAAGCCAGGAGAAAUUUGUGGAAUAUUUCUGGUUUUGCUUCCAUAAGCUAAAGGAGAAAACCAGCAAUGAGAUUCCAAUGCCUACUUACUUAUGCUUUCUUGCAUUGUUAGCUUUCAAGAUUUUCGCAACCGAACAGGUAGAUGUUGUUAUACUAGAGGUUGGAUUAGGUGGUAGAUUCGAUGCGACUAAUGUGAUUAAGAAGCCUGUUGUAUGUGGUAUUACUUCUCUUGGUUAUGAUCAUAUAGAGAUUCUUGAGAAAGCCGGUAUCUUCAAGACUGGAGUUCCUGCUUUUACAGUGCCUCAACCUAAUGAAGCGAUGCGUGUACUUAACGAGAAAGCUACAGAAUUGAAGGUGAAAGUUCAGGUGGUGGAACCAUUAGACACGAGUCAUAGACUCGGGCUACAAGGCGAACAUCAAUAUCUAAGCGCCGGUCUUGCUGUUGCGUUGUGUUCUACAUUUCUUCAAGAGAUUGGUAUUGAGGACAAGAAUGGUCUGAAUAAGACAAACGGUUUACUCGAAAAAUUCAUCUUUGGAUUGUCGAAUGCUUAUUUGAUGGGACGGGCAAUGAUCGUGCCUGAUACAGAACUCCCUGAGGAGAUUGUGUUUUAUCUUGAUGGAGCUCAUAGUCCAGAAAGCAUGGAAACUUGCGCUAAUUGGUUUUCACAACAGAUUAAACAAAACCAAGCAAGAAACCAAGAAAGAUCAGAGCAGGUGAAAUUGUGUCUUUAA